AUGGCUAUACAAGCUGUGUCAUACGUCCUUACACUCCUUAGACUGAUUGCAGAAGCAUUCUCUGGAUCUUUGGGAUGGAACUUUUCAAUGCGGCCAAUUGAGGCUUCUAUGUCUUCUUUAAACAAUAUAUACAUAUGCAUAUAUAAUUCAUUACUAAGCUUUGUUAAUUUUGGAAUAAGCUCAUUGAAUUAUUAUGCUUUUGGAAUGUACAAGACAGUACUAUAUAUACUGUUAAGUAACAAAUCACCAAAACUAACUAAACUGAAUUAUUUGCAUCAUGUAAUAAGCUUGUUAAUAUCAUUCUUAAAACGGCCUGAUUUCACAAAUAUCUCCAACUUAUUUAGAUUAGGACCCUCCUUAGAAUAUGUAGAUGCAGUUUCGACAGCCUAA